AACCCCAGGCUUUCGCAUUUUGCACAAAAACAUUAUGGCGUCGUUCAUUUGAGUUUUAAUCUGGAAAUAUUUCUCUCACAAAAAUGCCUCAAAGAAAUUAUCGAAAACGCCGGGAAACAGAAGAGAGCGACGAUGAUCAACAAGAAACCAAUUCAGCAAGUGAAGUAAUUGAAGAAAGAAAGGAAAUGCAGCGAUUUCGCAAAAGACAGGCAGGAGUUUCAGCCGUGGCUCUGGCCCUUGGUAAAACGCUGGCCCCAGAAGAGGAGGUUGAAAGCGAUCCGUUCAAGCUUAAGACAGGAGGACUUGUAGAGUUGAACAGCUUGAUUCAGGAUAGAAAUAGGGACAGGGAAGGGGAGGACAAAGAAAAGUCCAUUAACUUAGGAGCGAAUUUUGCCGCAGAGACGAACAGAAGAGAUGAAGAUACACACAUGUUGAAAUACAUUGAAGAGGAGAUGGCGAAAAGGAAAGGUGUUCAGCUAGAGAAAACCAUUCAAAGCAAACCGAAGCCAAAGUCCAAAGAAGAUUUACUGUACCAGGUUCCUGAAAAUAUUAAUGUGCGGUCAAAGAUUAUGGCAUCAGAGGAGAUGCUGUCAAAUCAGAUGUUAUCUGGGAUUCCUGAGGUAGAUCUAGGCAUUGAUGCAAAAAUAAGGAACAUUGAGGCUACUGAAGAAGCUAAACAAAAAGUCAUUGAAGAACAACGGAAUAAAAAGUCAAAAGGACCAACUGCUAUGGUGCCAACUAACAUGGCGGUCAACUUUAUGUUACACAGCAGAUUUUUUGAUGAGCAAAAGAACAUUGAUGCAGAAAGCAAGAGAGCUGCUGCAGCUAGAGACAAGGCACUGGAACAAGAAAAAGCAAUCAAGAAACCAACAGUGAAGGGCACUAACUCGACUGCAGCAGCAAGCAGCAAGGCUGAGGAGACUGAAACUACCGUGCAUGUGCCAGCAGCCAUCUCAAACAAGAAAAGACCUGGCGACAAAGUUGAAAAAGCAACAGAUGACUUCUUUUAUGAGAAGUUUAAAAAACGUGCAAGAGACUCCUGGAGAUAUCAGUAAAACUCAAUUUUUUAUGGUGUUGUUGUGUCACAUAGUUCACAUAUCCUUGCAAGAUAAAGGCUGAGGAAAGAAGAUCAACUGACUGCCCUUCAGCUUUAGCAAUUCAACUUUCCAAAUUCACCAUCAAUAACAGUGGUUUAUUUAUCUUAAUCAAACUUAAGCUGAUGUAAUUAAGGCAGUGUUUAAUCAAUGUUUAUAUAGAGUGAACAUUUAGAACUGAAUGCCUUUGUUCAAACUGUAUUUUAAUAAGAAGUGAAAAUUGCUUAUUAUUUACAGUUACAGACCAACUUACAGAUCUGGUUCCUUGCAUGUUUUAGAGGCUUGACAUGUAAGUUGUAACUGAUUUUAAACUAAUUUUAAAUAACAUUGCUUUUUAGUCCUACAAGGACUGUAUCUCUCCUGAAUAGUGAGCAUUAUGUAAGUUUCAUUUCUGCUGUUCUGAGAAGUUCCUGAUUACAUGUACUUUGUAUGAUAUUUGCUAGAAUAGUGUACUAUAACAUACUAAUUUUCAUUCUUUAUCACUUGAUUACUGAAGAAUUACAUUCACCAGGAGUGACAUAUUUUUCA